GCACGAGGUAUCUCACGCAGCUGGCCCCACCGCGCAAGUCAACUGCUGCUUUCUGCCAGUGUAUACUGCUAUCCAAGCUCAAAGAAUGGAAGCUCGACAGCGCAGCCUCGACUCCUCUUUUCACCAUCAACGUCAAGUAUAGAUUCUCGGCGUCUAGAUCGAGAGGAAAGAUAGAAAGAAGCUGCGGAGGAGAGCCGUGCUGCUGGAAUGGCGGCGGAGGUAGGCAUGGAGACGACGGCUCCUCUCCUGACGCCCCACAAGAUGGGCGAUUUCAACUUGGCGCACAGGGUCGUUCUAGCGCCGCUGACCCGGUGCAGGUCAUACGGGAACCUUGCCCAGCCGCACAACAUCAUCUACUACGAGCAGAGGGCGAUGGCGGGUACGCUCCUCAUUGCGGAGGCCAAUGCCGUAUCCGAGACCGCGCGGGGCUACCCACAUGUGCCCGGCCUAUGGAGAGGGGACCAGGUCGAGGCAUGGAAGCCCGUGGUGGACGCGGUGCAUGCCAAGGGAGCUGUCUUCUUCUGCCAAAUAUGGCACACGGGGCGCGUCUCACCAACAGAGUUCCAACCUAAUGGGCAAGCCCCGAUAUCAAGCACGGAUAAGCAACUCCCACCUCAACUCGUCGACGACGGCAGUAUGCUUGAGUUCGCGGCCCCUCGAAGGCUGGAAAUACACGAGAUACCCAAUAUCGUCAACGACUUCCGGAUUGCCGCUAGAAAUGCAAUCAGAGCCGGAUUUGACGGCGUGGAGAUCCACGCAGGCAACGGGUACCUCAUUGACCAGUUCCUGAAGAACGGCGUCAAUGACCGCACCGACGCCUAUGGCGGCAGCCUGGAGAACCGCUGCCGCUUCGCCGCCGAGGUCAUCGCGGCCGUGUCCGCCGAGGUCGGCGCGGACCGCCUCGGCGUGCGGCUCUCCCCGUUCGCCCCCUUCGGCGACUAUGUGGAUUGCAUCGACUCCGACCCGGAGGCGCUGGCGCUGCACGUGAUAAGCAUCAUGAACGAGCUCGGUGUCCUCUACUGCCACGUGAUCGAGCCGCGGAUGUGCAUCGUCGGCGAGAUCGACGGCAAACUGAUGAUCCGGCAGCGUCUGCUGCCCUUCAGAAAGGCAUUCAGGGGCACGUUCAUGGUGAACGGAGGGUAUGACAGGGAAGAAGGGGACAAGGCCGUCGCGGACGGCUACGCCGACCUGGUCGCGUACGGGCGGCACUUCCUGGCGAACCCCGACCUGCCGGAGAGGUUCAGGAAGAACGCGGCGCUGAACAAGUAUGAUCGUAGCACCUUUUACACCUCUGAUCCUGUUGUUGGCUACACAGAUUACCCUUUUCUUGAUUAGCCUUAGCUCAGCUGGUUCAGGGAUGGGUUGUCUGAAUCCACCGCACGGAUCAAGUGUUCGCAAAACAUGAAUUGGAUAUUUGGAUUGGUUUGGUCUCGUUUGGGUUUUCA